GACUCAUUUUCCAGCUGUUGUUUUCACAGCUGUCCUUCUUCUCUCUCCUCGGCUGCUAAGUGUGUGACUGUGAGUGUGUUGGCUCGGCUCUCCCUCAUGCAUCUUUGGUUCAUUGGUUGACACUUCGUGUCUGAUUGACAGGAACAACAGAUUUGGCUCUUCUGAUAUGCGAACCAGCUCCCAACGUUCACCUACAAUAGCCGGUUCUUAGAGCCAACCAGCCACGUCUUGCUUCCGGACAAGCUAAACACCUUCUUCGCCUGCUUUGAGGAUAACACAGUGCCACCGACACGGCCCGCUACCAAGAACUGUGGACUCUCCUUCUCCAUGGCCGAAUAAAAUGCCAGUGUGUGAAAGGGACGUGUGCUAUAUACAAUGGAUUGUCUACGUCCCCACGUUCGUGGUGGGUUUACCCCUCAACCUGGCCACCCUAUGGCUCCUCCUCUUCAGGAUCCGUCGAUGGACUGAGUCCACAGUCUACCUCAGCAGUCUGAUCAUCAACGACAGCCUUCUCAUCUUUUCUCUGCCCUUCAAGAUAUACGCCUUUGGCCGCACCUGGGGCCUGAGCAUGGGUUUCUGCACCUUCCUGGAGAGCCUGGUGUUCGUCAACAUCUAUGGGAGCAUCGUACUGAUCGUGUGCAUCUCGGGCGACCGAUAUGUUUCUCUGCGGUUUCCAUUCAACAGCAAGCGUCUACGCUCGCCACGGAAGGCUGCCCUGGUAUGCCUGGCUGUGUGGGUGACGGUAUUCGCUUUCACCACACCCGUCUAUGAGCUCCACAACAAAAACACCACUAGCCUGCACAACAACAACGAAACCAGGUGUUUCGAGGGAUUCUCCAGGGAAACCUGGGGGAAGAAAUGGAUCAUUGUCGCCAUGGAGACGGUAUUCACAAUCAGCACUGUCACUAUGUUGUUCUUCUCAGUGCGCGUGAUGCAGAUCCUGAGUGACAUGCGGCGUCGGAACCCGCUGGACAAGAAGGUGAGGGACAACAAGUCCGUGAAGAUCGUCCUGAGCAACCUGGUGGCCUUUAUGCUGUGCUUCAUCCCGUACCACGUGGCCGCAGUCGUCUACUUCCUGGCCAAGAACGGCACAGAGAACCCAGACGUCAUCGACCCCCUCAGAGACUUCGUUCACAUCAGCACCUGUCUGGGCAGUGUCAACUGUCUGACGGACGGGGUCUGCUACUACUUCAUCCUGAAGGAGAACCUGCUGACUGCCAGCCAGGAGAGGAGGAGGAUGUCCACUAGAGGGAACAACAUGGCAAAGCCCGGGGAAAUCAACCAGCAUCCGAUGGACAACAUCAUGGUCAAGGGACCCAGAGAGACAGGAUCAGACAACCAGGUCACUGGAGAUCGAUAGGACUUGCUAGAUAGAUGUGGUUUAUCGGAGUGGAGUGGAGAGCAGGGUGGAGGCGAUUUCCCUGUAGAUGGAUGGCUAUUAUCUCUAUCUGGGAAACGGAAACUCAGAUCACCACAACAGAGAGGAGACAAGUCUCAUGAAAGACUCUCGAAGAAUGAAUGACUGGUGUUAGGUUCUAAUUCUCAGAGUAAAAAACUCAAAGGACAUUUAUGAAGCUUAACCAAGUUUAUUCUGCCCAGAGGGUCAAUACAGCUGCAUUCAGAUAAAAACAUUUUACACAAGCACUGAUAUUUAACUUUUCCUCAUAGGCUGAGUCUCUUCCUACCCAUCUGUACAAACAUAAUUCUUACUGCUAGGCAGGACACUAGUGAUACGGGCCAUCAACUUUUAUUUCUCCCUUAAGGUGACCUGACCUGACCUCAACGCCCCUCCAUCACUAAUCCACAGCUCUCUCCCCCUAUCAAUGCCUGCCACAUGUAAUCGCUUCUGAUGGGUGUCACCUUGGGGUCAUGAUAGUGGCUGCACCAAAUUAUUGAUGUAUUACAAUAAUUGAUUAUGCUUAUGUUGUAUGAAUAGAAGGGGAAGUGCUAUAAGACGCUCCCCCACUACAUUUAUAGGGUCCUGGACCACAGAUGAGCAAUAUAUUCAUUAUAAGGUUUAAUACUGUUCCACAGUUCUUUUCUAGUCUCUGCCUCUUUUAAGAAACGGUCUGAGCAGAUAUGUGAGCCAUUGCCGUCAAAACAGAGUGUCUGUAAGAAAGCACCUCAAGGCUAAAAGAGAUACAUAGACACAGACCCCUGCAGGGGAGUAAAUAGAUAGGAGACAAGUCAAGCAUACCACUGUAAGCCACACGGGAAUGGAAAAUUACUGCUGGGCUAUAGUUUCCUCCUGCAAGUUUGUAUAACUGUAUAUGCAUGGGCUGUGUCUCAUCAGUAGAAGGUGUUGAUGUAGGCAGUUACAUUACUAGGGGUUGACUGCAAGCAUAUUAAAGCAACUUUGACCUUUUAAAUUUUGCAGAACUUACUCUGAAACAUGCAUGCUGUGUUUCCGUUGUCAACUUCUGUCUGCAAUUGCAUUAAUAAAGGUUUGAUUGAUUUACUUAAAGAAGAUAUUGUCUGAUUGCU